CCUGCCCUUGCAGCAUGCUCAUCAGAUUUAUUUCAAACCCCGCGGCCCCUGUCUGGUGGGGCUUCCUGUUAGCCGGGAUGAUGUUCAUGUGCUCCACGAUGCAGACUCUGAUCUUACACCAGUACUACCACCGCAUCUUUGUGACGGGGUUGAGGCUUCGUACGGGCAUCAUAGGUGUCAUCUAUAGGAAGGCUCUGGUUAUCACCAAUUCAGUCAAACGCAAGUUCACCGUGGGAGAAAUGGUCAACCUCAUGUCAGUGGAUGCCCAGCGCUUCAUGGACCUUGCCCCCUUUCUCAACAUGCUGUGGUCAGCACCUCUGCAGAUCAUCCUGGCAGUCUACUUCCUCUGGCAGAACCUGGGUCCCUCUAUUCUGGCUGGAGUUACUCUCAUGGUCUUGCUGAUCCCAUUCAAUGGAGCUCUGGCCAUGAAGAUGCGAGCUUUCCAGGUAGAACAAAUGAAGUUCAAAGACUCGCGCAUCAAGCUAAUGAGUGAGAUCCUGGGUGGCAUCAAGGUGCUGAAGCUUUAUGCCUGGGAGCCCAGCUUCUUGCAGCAGGUGGAAGGCAUCCGGCAAAGCGAGCUCCAGCUGCUGCGCAAGGGUGCCUACCUCCAAGCUGUGUCCACCUUCAUCUGGAUGUGCACCCCCUUCCUGGUGACCCUCAUCACCCUCGCAGUAUACAUGUCUGUGGACCCAAACAAUGUGCUGGACGCCGAGAAGGCCUUUGUGUCUGUGUCCCUGUUCAAUAUCUUAAAGAACCCCCUCGGCAUGCUGCCUAUUUUAAUCAGCAACCUGACCCAGACCAGUGUGUCUCUGAAACGGAUCCAGCACUUCCUGAACCAAGAUGAAUUUGACCCCCAGUGUGUGGAAAGAAAGACCAUCACCCCAGGCUAUGCUGUCAUCAUAGACAAUGGCACCUUCACCUGGGCCCAGGAUCUGCCCCCCACCCUCCACAGCUUAGACAUCCAGAUGCCAAAAGGGACCCUCGUGGCCGUGGUGGGGCCCGUGGGCUGUGGAAAGUCCUCCCUGUUGUCUGCCCUGCUGGGAGAGAUGGAGAAGCUGGAAGGCAAGGUGUAUGUGAAGGGCUCCGUGGCCUACGUACCCCAGCACGCAUGGAUCCAGAACUGUACUCUUCAGGAAAAUGUGCUAUUUGGCCAAGCACUGGACCCCAAGCGCUACCACCAGACUCUGGAGGCUUGUGCCCUGCUAGCCGACCUGGAGAUGCUGCCUGAUGGGGACCAGACAGAGAUUGGAGAGAAGGGCAUUAACCUGUCUGGGGGCCAGCAGCAGCGGGUCAGUCUGGCCCGAGCUGUAUACAGCAAUGCCGACAUUUUUUUGCUGGAUGACCCACUAUCAGCCGUGGACUCCCACGUGGCCAAGCAUAUCUUUGACCACGUCAUUGGGCCAGAAGGUGUGCUGGCAGGCAAGACACGGGUGCUGGUGACGCAUGGCAUCAGCUUUCUGCCCCAGACAGACUUCGUCAUAGUGCUAGAUGAUGGACAGGUGUCUGAGGUGGGCACCUACUCAGCUCUCCUCCAGCGCAACGGCUCCUUUGCCGACUUCCUCCGCAACUAUGCACCUGAUGAGGACAAGGAACACCAGGAAGAGGAUGGCAGGACCGCCUUUGAGAAUCCAGAGGAUGAGCAGGUGCUGCUGAUUGAAGACACACUCAGCAGCCACGCAGACCUGAUGGAUGAGCCAGUCAUGUAUGAGGUCCGGAAGCAGUUUAUGAGAGAGCUGAGUACCAUGUCCUCAGAAGGAGAGGGCCAGGGUCGGCCUGUGCACCGGAGACGCCUGAGUAUAGCAGAAAAGGUAGUGCAGGCAGCAGAGGCGAAGGCAAAUGGGGUGCUGAUCAAGGAGGAGAAGGUGGAGAUGGGCAGGGUGAAGCUGAACAUGUUCUGGGAUUAUGCCAAGGCUAUGGGGCUCUGUACCACACUAGUCAUCUGUCUGCUGUAUGCGGGUCAAAGCGCAGCUGCCGUUGGGGCCAACAUAUGGCUCAGUGCCUGGACCAAUGAGGCUGUGGUGGGUGGACAACAGAACAACACCUCCAUGAGGCUGGGCGUCUAUGCUGCCUUUGGAAUUCUGCAAGGGCUUCUGGUGGUGCUGUCGGCCUUUGCAAUGGCAGCGGGCAGUGUCCAGGCUGCACGCUCGCUCCACCAGGCGCUGCUGUACAACAUGAUGCGCUCGCCACAGUCCUUCUUCGACACUACACCCUCGGGCCGUAUCCUCAACCGCUUCUCCAAGGAUAUCUACGUCAUCGAUGAGGUUCUGGCCCCUUCCAUCCUCAUGCUGCUGGGUUGUUUUUACAACUCCAUCGCCACCCUUAUGGUCAUUGUGGCCAACACGCCACUCUUCAUGGUGGUCAUCCUGCCUCUAGCUGUCUUCUACCUCUUUGUGCAGCGCUUCUAUGUGGCCACAUCACAGCAACUGAAGCGGCUGGAAUCUGUCAGCCGCUCGCCCAUAUUCUCUCACUUUUCGGAGACGGUGACGGGCUCCAGUGUCAUCCGGGCUUCUGGGCGCAGCCAAGACUUUGAGGCCAUUAGCAAUGCUAAGGUGGACACCAACCAGAGGAGCUGCUACCCCAACAUUGCCUCCAACAGGUGGCUGGGGGUCCGAGUGGAGACCAUGGGGAACUGUGUUGUGCUCUUUGCUGCGCUCUUCACCGUGAUUGGGAGAAACAGCCUGAGUCCAGGGAUGGUGGGCCUCUCCGUGUCCUAUGCCCUACAGGUGACAUUUGCUCUGAACUGGAUGAUACGAAUGAUGUCAGACCUGGAGUCUAAUAUUGUGGCCGUGGAGAGAGUCAAGGAGUACUCCAAGACAGAGACCGAGGCCCCCUGGGUGGUAGAGGGCAGCCGACCUCCCGCGGACUGGCCCUCACAGGGUGAAGUGGAGUUCCGAAAUUUCUCAGUGCGCUAUCGGCCGGGCUUGGAGCUGGUGCUGAAGAACCUGAGUCUGCGCGUGCGCAGUGGCGAGAAGGUGGGGAUCGUGGGCCGCACUGGGGCUGGCAAAUCGUCCAUGACCCUGUGUCUGUUUCGCAUCCUGGAGGCCGCAGAGGGUGAAAUCCGCAUUGACGACCUCAAUGUGGCAGCCAUUGGACUCCAUGACCUGCGUUCUCAGCUGACCAUCAUCCCCCAGGACCCUGUCCUGUUCUCAGGGACCCUGCGUAUGAACCUGGACCCCUUCGACAAUUACUCAGAGGAAGACAUAUGGCGGGUCCUGGAGCUGUCUCACCUGCACACGUUUGUGGCCUCCCAGCCAGCAGGCCUGGACUUCCAGUGCUCCGAGGGAGGGGAGAAUCUCAGUGUGGGUCAGCGACAGCUUGUGUGCCUGGCUCGAGCCCUCCUUCGCAAGAGCCGCAUUCUGAUUUUAGACGAGGCCACGGCCGCCAUUGACCUGGAGACUGAUGACCUCAUCCAGGCUACCAUCCGCACCCAGUUUGAGACCUGCACAGUGCUGACCAUCGCACACCGGCUCAAUACCAUCAUGGACUACACCAGAGUCCUGGUCCUGGACAAAGGGACAGUAGCUGAAUUUGAUUCUCCAACCAACCUCAUUGCAGCCAGAGGCAUCUUCUACGGGAUGGCCAGCGAUGCUGGACUUGCCUAAAAUAUCUUCUUGGGAUUUCUUCCUGGCCAUUCCUGGUUUUCCUCAAGAAAAGGAAAAGGACACCAAAUAUAUUUGCAGAAUGGACUUAAUAGCAAAUGCUGGAGGCAUUUGUUAGAUUUUUGCCCCUGUAAAGCGCUUCACAGGAUAACCAUGCUAAAUGCUUUAGAUGAGAACAUGAAGCUCAAGAGGUGCCUGACAUGCCCAAGGUCACAGCUGGUUUGAGGCACAGAGCCCAGACUUGUCCCCAGGUCUCCUGAGACUCAAUCUCAUAUUAUUUCCCUGCUAUACUGUUUUCAAUCAUUUCAUGGAAUGAUCUCCCUACCCCCUAUGAUUUUUCAUAUUUUCUACUCUGAAUAUUUUUUUAAAUAAAGCUUUUUCUUCCUGGAACAGAAGACUGCCAGGUCAGGCCUCCCUAAGAACUGAGUCCUGUACUCUGGAGUGCUGGCCUGAAUCCAUUAAAAAUGGAGCACUGGUGAAAUGAAGUUAUGUGGUCAACAAUAUAUACACCCUGAUGUAGGCUUUUUCUGCCUGGUCACAGAUGUGAGGGUUACGACAUUUGGAGGAGGCAGGGACCCUGGAAGGGGGAGAAGCAGAAGUAGAUUUUGUCUACAUGGCUAGAAUUAUCUGAAGAUUUUAGACCCAAGAGCCCUAGGCUGGAAAUAUUGUCUUCACGGCCAGAAUUCACUGGGUAGUUGCCAGUAGUUCCUGAUCUGCUGUGCAGAUACUAUAAAAAGGUGAGAAAUAAAGCCCCUGAAAUCUGACCCAAGGCCUCUUGGGAAAGCUGUUGUGAACACCUUCACAUUUAUGUCAUCCCUCAGACCUCUAAGCCUGCUUCUCUAGGGGCUGAGAAAUGAGUGCAAGGUGCUUAAUUUCAUAGCUCCUUUAGAAGUCUGUUCCCGACAGGUCCCCAUAACCAGUGAGGCCUCCGAGUCAUUCAUCUUCCUCAGUCCGGCUGAAGCUAAAUUUGGGAAGAGUACAGAGCAGCCCAGAGGCUGCCCCUGCCCUGACAGUCCCAGGCUGGUAAAUGCGAUGAGGGGAUGAAUUAAAUUUGCAUUCUUGAGCAAGCAAACCGUUUAUUUUCUGCAGGUCAGAGUCCACCUGCACAAGGCCUUAUAUUUAGAAUGGAUCUCUUCUCUUUGUUACCUUUCUAAGUUUUCUGGUCUCCUUGACCUUUAUUCUUGGUAUGAUGCGACCGGUUGUGGGUGACGGUUUAUUGUCCCCCACCCUAAAUGGUUUGCAGUAAGUGUGAAGAUGGCGCCUUUGAUCUGGUUUUUCUAUAUGCUUUGGGGUCAGUCUGUGCUGCAGGACCAUUUGUUAAAGGUUAAUCACAUUUUUUUUGGCAGGCUCUUUCUGUCUAGGAUGUUUAUGAGUGUAUGGAAGAAGACUUUCAUCCUUGUGAUAAAGCAAGUAUGAAAGCACAAAUGCCUAAAUUAUUCUGCCUCUGCUUGGUGCUAAGAAAAGGUCUCUGCUAUGCUCCCUGAUUUAUUAGACCAAUUUGGCAUGACGUCUGCUUUGUGAGGCUCUAGCUGCCCUAAACCAACAAGAAACGCAGAUUCAUUCGGCAUCAUUCUUAGCUAAAGAUCCAAAGAAUGUAAGGCUGUAUUUCCUCUCCUAUCUUGGGAGUUUGCUUCUGAGCUUAUUGAGGCCCUGACAGGUGUUGACAGCCCAAAGGAGAGGCUCAGUUGUGUAAAGUAAAUAGGAUAAUCAAAAAAUGUGGUUAAUAGAGGAUGACCUCCAUCUAGCUGGCUCAGCUACUCCGGGGAAAUGAAGCUGACUGCUGUGAACCAGGAGGAAAGACACCGCACAAAAUAUCUGUCUCCAGGUGCCACUGACAAGGCAUGAGCACCAAAGCAGCAGCAGGAUGCAGGAGGCUCAGGUGGGGAACAGUCCCUUCU